AUGGCUGACUCGGUAGUUGUAUACGGGAUUGGGCUCAUUUCUCAAAACCAAGGCAAUUUGUGUGCUCAUAUGGCUGAAGUAGACAUAUCACUUCAGGCAUUGUGGGCAUCAUUUCUCUUGCUACAUCUUGGCGGUCCGGACACCAUCACUGCCUUUUCUUUGGAGGACAAUUCACUUUGGGGACAGCACCUUCUCGGUCUCAUCUUCCAAGUUGUUGCCACCGUCUAUCUCUUUGUGCGAAUAUUUCCGAGUGACACGUCGCUAGUGAUCCCAACAAUGCUGGUGUUUCUUGCUGGGGUCAUAAAAAAACGCGGAGAGGAUACUGUCACUUUAUCUCUUGAGCCUCUCGAAACUCAAGGAAUCAAUUCUCCAAUGGCCUGGAAUAUCAUGGUCUUUAUCGGGGAUCUCAUGUUCAAAGAUUAUGAGAGCAAAAUGAGUCAAAAUUAUUUCCACAAGGUUUAUGCGAUAGAUGCAUUGAGGGUGAUAUCAAUCAAACUCAAUUUUAUGUACGAGGUGUUUCACACGAAAGCACUAGUAAAACGUUCCAAGUGGAGCUAUAUUUUCCGCUUCGUAGCCUUCAUUGACCUUGCCGUGGCUUUGGUCUUAUUCAAUCGCUUGAAGAAGCAAGGGAUCCCUAAACUUGACGUGGAUAUUACUUAUUCCCUUAUUUUCGGAGGGAUGGCUCUUGAUAUGAUAGCUCUAUUCAUGCUCAUUUUCUCCGAUUGGACUGUUGCCGGAAUCAAGUGGUAUAACAUAGGAUUGACUCCAAUAGAUUCAUUUUUGCCCAAGUUGUUAUCCACCAUGGAUAACCUGAGGAAGCCUCAAUCCGCCGCAUGCGGAGCAGAACCUAAUGCCAAUGUUACGUAUUCGGUCUUAGAUACACCAUUCAUAUUUCGAAGGUGGUCAGAAUCCAUCUUUGCUUGCAACUUUUUAUCUGAGUUCUUGAAGCAGAGUCCGAGAAAGUUGCAUCAGCAUGGUCAGAGCUAG